AUGUCAGUCUCCCCUGUCUUUGUCGAUAACGCUAUGUUGGCAACAAUGGUGAUCGUCAUCACAAUGACGGCCACCGACGCCGCCGCCGCCGCCGCCGCCGCCGCCGCCGCCGCCGCCACCACCACCAUCAUCAUCAUCAUCGCCAUCAUCAGCAUCGACCCCCUCCUCCUCUUUAUCAUCAUAUGUCUGCCACUUCGUUCUCUCUUGACGAUGUACAGCAAAAUGAACAUUCGCAUUAGCGAGACCAGCUCUGAUUAG